AUGAACGACAGUCCACACAAAGAGAAACCACAGAAAUUAGCUGCAACAGAAGCAACUCGUUUCGAUGAAUCUCACAAUUCGACGAGCCGUAUUUCCACGCAACAGGAAGUAAUUAGAGAUUCACAGUCGAUUACAUUGCGGGCUACAAGCACAGACGAGGAUGAAGAUGUUUCGAAGAAAAAAGAUAGGCCCGAGCAGUUGACUCAAAGACUCUCGAGGGCUGAAACUGUCAGACAGGAUGCCAGAAAAUUGAAGACUGCCACGCUUAAUAGAAUGGGGAAAAUGUUUAAGCAACGUUCUCAGACACCUGUCACGGAUAAAUCACCCCAUGUCAACAGCGAUACGAAUCCAAUUAAAUCUAUAGAAUGCUCUAGCGAGGAGACAUCGAAAAAAGAGAAGAGCAACUCUUUGGGCAGGAUGCUGAAGCUUGUGGAUAAAGACGGCACGUCGAAAAAAAUAUUUCACCCUCGAGCAGGAUCGUUGAGUCGCAUUCUGCGUCGGAAUCCUAAUCACGAGAAUAACGAAGACAAAAAGCCCGAAGAAAACUCACCGGGGAUUUUCUCGAGAAUGCUGAGUCAGUUAAGAGGUCGUCCACACAGUGGUAACGCAACACUCGAACCAAAUCUGAAGAUGCGCAACAAAAAUUCGUUACCUCCAAAAGCGCCAUUGAAUACAAGAACGACUAACAAUGUACCUUCGUCAACUUCCGCUUCAUCGCCUCAGACACAGGCUGCGGGAUCGCCCCAGAAAUAUUCCACUUUCGAAUAUUCGAUUUAAGCCGAUUAACCUCCAAAAAUAGCGAUUUUGUAAUAAAAUUAAAAAUAAUAAACUGUCUGAUUAUAAAAAAAUCA